GCCCCAGCACACCCUGAAAAGUCCCAGGUGUCAUCAUGCGAUGGGGGUGUGUUUUCUUAGUAUGCAAUGGGGAUCUCUGCUCCUGCAAUUUAAGAUUUUGUCUGGUCCCCAAGGGACAGACUAUGUCCUUCCUCUGCGCAACUGCCUCUCAUGUGCUUGAAAACUGUUCCUGCGCCUUCUCCUCAGUUGUCUGCUCUUCAUGGGGAUGGCCCUGCUCCUCUGGCCAGCCCCUGCAGGGCUGUGCAGCUCUGCACCCUUCCCGCCCUGGCCAGCCAGUGCCUGCCCAGCGCUGCGCCGAGCGUUGGGUAACUUCCCACGUAUUGCAAAGGGACGAUCAUGUUCAACCAGCCUGCCUGAACACAUGCUGCUGGGGUGAUUCUCUCUCAUGUGGCAGUCCCUCAUGGACCACUGGGGCUCUGUGCUGACCCUCUUGUGGGAGCUCCUGUCCCUGGCUGCGGUCCCUCAUCCUGCCCUGCCGCCGCUUGUUGUAGUGACAUGGGGUGGGCUUCAUCUCUGUUGGCUUCAGCUUGCUAAGCCCUAGGUGUGCCACCUAGCCGCCCACCUAGCUGUCUUCUGUGGUCUGUGGAAGCAAGGGCUGCUCCUCCAGAGCCCAGUAUCCCCACCAAGGACAGGGGGAUUUGCAUUUGCCCUUCCGGGCAAAAGUCUUUUUUCCCCCAGAAGGUGUUUCGACCCUGUCAAUACCAUUUUGAUUUUCCAUUCUGGCUUCCAGUGCUCUUUGGUGUGAGCUGCAGCCCUUAGUAAGCAGUCUCUGCCCCAUCACUGAGGUGCCCAGUGAAACAGUGACGGGGACUGGCCCACACAGGCAACCUGACAUGUGCCACCACCUCUGCACCUCCUCUGCUGCCAGCCAGAAACAGCAUCUGAGGCAGCGUCAUCAGCCCUGCUCAAACCGAGGGCUUCCUGCUUUUUGCCUCCCUGAUGGCAAAGCCCAGUAGCCAGAUGAAGGAAGUGGGACUGGUUUGACAAAAUUUGACUGUGACAAAUUGGUACUGGCUGUUCUCAUCUCCCCUCAGUGCCUCCAGUGCUGUCCCUGGCUGCAGGGCAAGGAAAAGCCAACCCACCCUUGGCAUGGUAGGGACACGUGUGUGAGUGGCUCCUCGUGCCCCAGCUGGUGCUCCCCAGGCUGCGCCGCGGUGCUGCGCCCUGGCAGGGCAGGACACCCCUCCAGCCACCCGCGCUGAGCAGUGGUGGUGGGUUGGCAUGAGGUUGCGCAUGUCUGCAGGACCCCACCAUGGUGGCCCCGCUCCUGCACCAGCACCGCUAGUUAUCUGCGUGGGUCCUGCCAAUGCCCCCUGUGCCUGCAGCUCUCCUCCCAGCACAGCCACAGGGACGGUGCUGCUGGGCCAUGCAGAGCAGACCCAGCGCACACUGGUGCCAGGCAGCACAGGGCGGGAUGGAGCCAGAGCAGCCACCCCAUGUCCCACGCUCCCACGUGCCUGCAGCCCCCAAGAGCCUGCCCUGCCCUGCACAGGGGCCUCCCUGGUUUCUCAGGCGUUGUUUUUCUUCCUACCCCAGCCUCCCGGCAUGCCGGUAGCCACAAGGGCAGGACGUGCCGCCUAUCUGAUAGGAGCAGUCUCUCUUGGCACUGCGGCUCGUGGCGGAGGGGCUGCAAGCACCGCGGUUUUGGGCACAGGGAAGUGCUGGUGAUGGGGCGGGGGGAGCCUCCAGCCAGGCUUCCUGAGCUGCACAGCCACCACUUCCCAGAUAAAGGUAUCACCCGGAGGAGCUGCAGCAGCUCUCAGGGUGCUGGGAAGGGCUGAGUGUGGCACGCACAGCCCUGGCACACGCGUUGCAGGAUGGCAGCCUGCCUGUGCCAGGGCUGGGUGCUCUCGCUGCUCCCUGCCGUCCUGCUCAGCCUCCACAGCCCGCCGCCGGCCCCUGAGCCAGUGACAUCACAAGAUGCUGCGCUGCUGGUGGGAGUGCCUGAGGACAUCCUCUGCUUCUCUCGCUCCUUUGAGGACCUCACCUGCUUCUGGGAUGAGGAGGAGGAGGCGGCGGCAAGCGGGAUGUGCCACUUCUACUACUGGUACAGCAGGGACAUGCCCACAGCAUGCACAGUCUCCACAUGGCGCCAUGGAGCUGGUGGGACACGGCACGCCUGUAUGUUCCCUGGCCAGGAUGUGCGUCUCUUUACCCAACUGCACCUCCGUGUCCUGGAUGCCACCACCAACCAGACCAAGUACUGGCGGGAGCUCAGCGUGGAUGCGGUGGGUCUCAUCGCUCCCCCGGCAAACAUCACAGCCCGCUGGGCUGGGGCUGCAGGGCAGCUCUGUGUGUCAUGGCAGCCACCGCUCGCAGACUACCUGAACUUCUUCCUCUACGAGGUGCAGUACUGCCCUGCCAGCUCCCCAGAGAUGCUGUGCAGCACCACGCUGGACCCCAGCGGGCAGCACCUCGGGGACCCCUCCAGCCAGCCAGCCGUCAGCACCCACGCACCCAUGGCCAGGGCAGCCACAGCCUCCCUGGGAGCGCGGCAGGAGCUGGUCCAGACCAACACCUGGGUGGUCCUCCAGAACCUGCAGCCAGGGGUGAGGUACCACAUCCAGGUGCGCAGCAAGCCAGAUGGCACCUCCUUGGAUGGUGUCUGGGGGCCCUGGUCUCAGGCAGUGGCUGCGGAGACACCCCACUCCUCCGGAGACAUCGGGCUGCACUGCAGCACCCCUGACUUGCAGCACGUGCUCUGCGAGUGGAGCUGGGACCCCACAGAGACCGGCAGCUCCCACCAACUCUUCUACCGGCCACCUCCAAGCAGGGCUGGCACAAGGGAAGAUGCAUGGCGCCAGUGCAAGGAGGCGAGUGUGAGGGCACAAGGCACCCAUGUCUGCACUUUCCAGCCCAGGGCUGGCAGCACCAUCUCUGUCCUGGUGAACAUCACCCGGCCCCUCGCACUGCCCACGCUCAGCUACUUCAAGGAGCCCUUCUGGCUGCAUGAGGCCGUGCUCACAGAUGCCCCACAGCUCGUGCAGGCAACAGUGUCACAGGGCCGGCUGAGCCUGCAGUGGCUGCCACCCCUGGAGGCACUGGCAGAGCAGCUGGAAUACCAGGUCCGCUAUGGCGUGGAGAACAGCCACGACUGGAAGGUCCUGCAGGUCCCGCGGGCAGCCAGGAAAGAAGUCCUUGACCUACGGCCAGGCGCCCGCUACCAUGCCCAGGUGCGGGCCCAGCCCAGCGGGCCAUGGUACCAGGGCAGCUGGAGCGCCUGGUCCAAACCCGUGGUGGUUGAUGCCAUGGCCGAUGCGGGCUGGAUCAUCCCGAGUGUUACGGUGGUUCCACUGCUGUUCACAGGAGUGCUCCUGGGGCUGCGCUGCACCUUCCCCUCCCUCUACAGCAACGUGAAGCAGAAGCUGUGGCCCCCCGUCCCCGACCUGCACCGCGCACUGGGCAGCUUCCUCCACGAAAGCAGCAAGCACGGCCAGGCCAACGCCUUCUACAAGCAGCCGCCGGAGGAGGAGGCCGUCCUGCCCUGCCUGCUGGAGGUGCUGCCCGGCCCGCGGCGGGAGGCGGCCGCGCCGCCGGAGCACGCCGCCGGCCGGCUGCCCAGCACCGACAUCGCCAACCAGUCCUACCUGCUCAUGAGCGGCUGGGAGCCGCGCGGGCCGCCCUGAGCCGGCCCCCCCGCCCGAACAUAAACGCGAGGCACAUCCA